UUAUAUAUAAAUGCCUAAUGAAGUGGUUACACAUUCUUCUGGAUUCCAUGAGGAAUCUGCAUUUAUUCGUUUGUUAGGUGACUUUUCUGAUCCUGUUCCAUUAAUCCAGGUAAUCGGCUUGUGCACGAAUGAGUGGUGUAAGGAUGCGGAAUCUUAUUUAUCAGAGAAGGGUGUGCCAUUUGCCGCGCUUGACUGUGCAGUCUUUGCAGAAUGCCGCAGCGAGAAUCAAUCGGCGCUUAUAACAUGGAAGUUCACAUGCUUUACAAAGCAACUUCUUCAUAGUGCAUCUUCGGCAUUCCCUUUGGAAUCACAUCGCAUUGCUAAGUUGAAGAAGCACGAGAUACACAAUUGCCUGGAUUUCGUACAUCUUGUUCAUUCGAUUACAAAGACUACAGUGGGAUAUACUGAGGAAAAUGGCAUACGUUGCGUUGUAUUGCUGAUAAAGGACUACCAGGCGUUACUAUCUCAUGAGCAUUCAUUGUUCAACACACUUUUACGCAUACACGAAAAGCUUUCACGUUUCCCUGCCACUGAAUCUCUUUGUGAUAAGAAGGUAGUGGUGGUUUUCGUCGGUCCUCAUCCUAUUCCUCCCGAGGUCACCAAGGGUGACUUUGCUAUCCCUCUUAUUCAGCUCUCAGUUUCUGAUCAAAAUGGUCUUACUGAUCGGAUUGGUACCAAGAAUUUGGAUUAUGCGAUUCAGAAGGCUCAGGAACAGGUGCAUGGUAUAAGCACUGAUAAUGCUGAGUUUCUUUGGAAGGGGUUUGUACAAUAUUUCGUGGGCACCGUUUACCCCUGGUAUAAAACAGACCCUUUAUCAAUGGAGCUUUAUUGCAGAAUGCUAUGGAUGAUAUUCUUAGAACCUUUGCAAGGGUCGGAACUCCCCGGGGAUAACGAUUUGGAUGACUGUUUGCAUCACCUUUGCAAAAGUGUGGACAUUCAUAUUAACAACAUAACAAAACACUGUCGCAGUAGGUUCACUAGCGAGCUAUUCAAUUCCGCGGUAUCUGAAACGUUUAUCCAACGAAAACGUCUUGACAAGUUUAAUGGCAGCCGGCUGUCAAAAUACCUUCUUAUCGGUGCCGCCAUUUCUACCAUGUGCCACCCUUAUCAGAUAAGACGCCGCUUGCGUAAACUCAAGGUUCGAGAUAUUGGUUCAGAUGGUGCAUUUUGGCGCCGUAGGCAUAGGUUUGAAUUUUGGUCUUGGAUCGCCAACACCGAGUGGGUGUAUGCUUCCAAUGAAGGGGAGGGGAUAAAGUUGGACCACAUUUUAUAUGACCAGAUGCUAUGGGUGAUAUCUGAGGGUUACGUCAAGCCGCUGAGUAACAUAAGCUUGUGGCGUCGUUUACCAGCGUCCCGCAGUGCUGCCCUUUGGCAUGUAACUGAUACACCACCCUCUGCGGAUCAGCCCUGGAGAGAUUUUAUGCUUCAAAAUCGCAAUAUAGGCAGCAAUUCAUACUUGGGUCAUAUAAUGUGUGCUUCAGCUCGUUUUAUUUUCUGCGCACCUAAAGAUCUAAUUCUUUCGAUAGUAAAGGACCUCAGCAUUGAUAUGGAUCAGUUUUUUUUCUGAUGUGUUGUUGUU